GCAAAAGAUUAGAGCAGUCAUCUUACAUGUGGUGUCCACCGGUAUUUUAAGUAAAAAAACCCGAAAAUAAUCCCUUGAAUUAGUUAAAUACGUAAAUUAUAAAGUGUAAAGAUGCAUCAGGAAACCCUACAACUGGUGCAAGUCCUAGAAAAAACCGUAUCGCCGGACAAAAAUGAUCAGGAUCAAGCCUCCUCCUUCCUUGAACAAGCAGCAGCCACAAAUCUGCUGGGCUUCAUCAAAACUCUGUCCGACGUCCUCAGACAUGGCGGCAACAGUUCUGUGGCCCGAAUGGCCGCUGGGCUACAGCUCAAGAAUCAACUUACAGCCAAAGACCUGAGCAUGAAAGAUCAAUACCAACAAAGAUGGCUCGCCUUUCCUGCCGACGUUAGAACCUACAUCAAAAAAAAUGUUGUUGGGGCUCUUGGAACUGAAACUAAUAGGCCAUCCUCUGCGGCUCAAUGUGUGGCUUAUAUUGGAGUAGCUGAGCUGCCAAAGGGAGAUUGGCCAGAUUUAAUUUCAACUUUAGUUGCCAAUGUUGUGAAUGCUACAUCAGAAAUGCAAAAAGAAGCGACCCUAGAAACUAUCGGUUAUAUUUGUUCUGAAAUUGACUCCGACGUUCUUGUAAGUCAAUCAAAUGACAUUCUAACAGCCAUAGUAAAUGGUAUGCGAGUAACUGAACAAAAUAAUCACGUCAGGUUAGCAGCUACAAGGGCUUUAUUGAAUUCUUUGGAGUUCACUAAAGCUAAUUUUGAGCAACCAACUGAAAGAAACUAUAUUAUGGAAGUUGUUUGUGAAGCCACCCAAUCUCCUGAGGCCCAAAUUAAAGUUACAGCAUUGGAAUGCUUAGUAAAAAUCAUGACACUUUAUUACCAACACAUGGAAGCCUACAUGUGUGCUGCAUUAUUUCCUAUCACAUUAGAAGCCAUGAAGUCAGAGAAUGAUGCAGUUGCAUUGCAAGGAAUAGAAUUUUGGUCCAAUGUCAGUGAUGAAGAGGUAGAUUUAUCCAUAGAAGAUAGUGAAGCUCAAGAAGCUGGCAGGCCACCUUCUCGAGUUUCGCGUCAUUAUGCUAAAGGUGCCCUUCAGUACAUUGUCCCAAUUUUAUUGCAAAAACUAACAAAACAAGAAGAAUUAGAUGAUGAAGAUGAUUGGAAUCCCAGCAAAGCUGCUGGUGUUUGCUUGAUGCUGCUAGCGACAUGUUGUGAAGAAGAAAUUGUCCCUCAUGUAUUGCCAUUCAUUAAAGACAACAUUAAAUCUGAUAAUUGGAGAUAUAGAGAUGCCUCUCUUAUGGCUUUCGGUUCUAUAUUGGGUGGUCUAGAUUCUGCUACAUUAAAACCUUUAGUAGAACAAGCCAUGCCAACACUAAUAGAACUUAUGUAUGAUAGCAGUGUUGUAGUCAGAGAUACAGCAGCUUGGACCUUCGGCAGGAUUUGUGAGAUAAUACCUGAAGCUGCCAUAAAUGAAGCCUUUUUGAAACCAUUGCUGGAAAGUUUGAUUACUGGACUUAAAGCUGAGCCCAGAGUUGGAGCAAAUGUUUGCUGGGCAUUUUCAGGUUUGGCUGAAGCUGCAUAUGAAGCUGCUAACCGCGACAUUGGCGGCGGUGAUGAUCCAACUCCUGAAACUUAUUGUUUAUCGCAAUAUUUUGAAUUUAUAGUGCAAAGGCUAUUGGAAACUACAGACAGACCAGACGGGGCACAGGCCAAUCUUAGGCCUGCUGCCUACGAAGCCCUUAUGGAAAUGAUUAAAAAUUCGCCUAGGGAUUGUUACGUUACUGUACAAAAGACAACAAUGAUCAUUUUGGAGAGAUUACAACAGGUCCUUCAAAUGGAAUCUCACAUUAGUAAUCACAACGAUCGUUCCCAAUUCAACGAUCUACAAUCCCUAUUGUGUGGCACAUUGCAAUCUGUUUUGAGAAAGGUCACUCCUGAGGAUGCCCCUCAAAUUUCAGAUGCUGUUAUGACAGCUCUCCUAACAAUGUUCAACUCAAACAAAAGUGGUGGAGUCCAGGAAGAUGCACUUAUGGCUGUUUCUACGCUUGUUGAAACGUUAGGAGAAGGAUUCUUGAAGUACAUGGAUGCUUUCAAACCAUUUUUGUAUUUGGGAUUAAAAAAUCAUGCUGAAUAUCAAGUUUGCGGUACAGCUGUGGGACUUACUGGGGACAUAUUUAGAGCUUUAAGAUUCAAAGCUCUACCAUAUUGCGAUGAAAUUAUGACACUUUUGCUGGAAAAUCUAGGUGAACCUUCUGUACACCGUAGCGUAAAACCUCAAAUUCUAUCCGUGUUCGGCGAUAUAGUUUUAAGUAUAGGAGCUGAAUUCAAGAAAUAUUUGGAGGUUGUUUUGGGAACUUUGGCGCAGGCGUCUCAAGCCCAGGUUGAUCGGUCAGACUUUGACAUGGUAGACUACCUGAAUGAGUUACGCGAAGGAGUCCUAGACGCAUACACCGGAAUCAUUCAAGGCCUAAAAGGCGAUGGACCGACACCUUCAUCAGAAGUGGCUGCACUAGAACCCCAUAUACCAUUCAUAGUUCAGUUUAUCACAAUUGUCGCGCAAGAUACUGAGCACUCGGACGGAACUGUGGCUGUCGCUGCAGGUAUUGUAGGUGAUUUGUGUACCGCCUUCGGCCCUCCGAUGUUGCCCCUUUUGGACUUAGUUCCCAUCAAUGAUAUGCUAGCACAAGGACGAAGAUCCAGGGUGGGGCGUACUAAAACUCUUGCCACUUGGGCUUCAAAGGAACUCAAGAAGCUGAAGUAUGCACAGACGCAACAGCCUAGUGCGCCUGCGGCCAGUUGAUUUCCUAGUCAAGCCCAUAAAGACCUAUUAACAACCAACGCUGGCACAACAGGAACCUCUUUGGUCUAUGGGUACCACAAUUAUACCACUAACGUGGUACCAUUCGGUAAUUAAAUGGGUCAAGUGUGCCGCGAGUAAUUAUUAUAAUUAUUAUUUUUUAAACAAAAUUAUGAUGAUUUUUUAAGUAUGUAUGUUUUUCGUGUAAGAAAAGAAGAAAUCGUGCUAUUUUUUUAAAUUACUACAUUAUCGCCCUCCGUUUUGAAUUGAACAAAAAUAAUUUGUUGGCUGUUUUUACAAUCUUUAGUUCAGUUUUCUAUAAAAAAUAAUGUUUAGACAGUCAAAUUAUUGUAAGAAUAGUCAAAGAUUGAUAUGUUAACUUUUUAAUACUUUUAAGUAGGUAGGUAUACUUUAUUGAUUGGAAUUAUUUUAUUGAGAAAUAGAAGUUUUUAGUCUUAAAUUGUUCAAAACAAAACGAGUGUUUGAUUUUGGUUUUUCUCUAUAAUUUCUGAAACAGGGAAUUUUUGGAUAUUUUGACCAAAUGGCUGAUGUGGAUAGAAUAUGAAUGAAGCAUGUGAAUGUUAUUGCAUCAAGUAUUAAGUUUGUUCCAACCCGUCAACAAAUCGUCCCAGAACGGUUUCGGAACCACUCUGUAUAUGGAUUUCGGUUUCUGCACAAAAAUUUAAGGUUUUGCGCAGAAUCCUGACGGUAAUAUUACGGUUUCCUGCUGGGUUGAAACAAAUCUAUUAUUUGUAGUACAUAUCGAGGUACAUAUAUCAGUUAUUACUCUCUAGAAAAUGAAGUAAAUGCUAAAGUUUAGGCAUUUAUUUGGUUUUUAUUCAUAGGACCUGCUGAUUCUAAUGCUGUGGUGAUAACAUUUACUUUAUUUGUAUUUAUUUAUACCAGACAAUUUUAUAUUAAAAAAAAACUUAUAGGGGUCCAAGCUCCCAUGUGACAAAAACCCAAAAAUUCCUUGUCUAUAUUUCCCCAUUUAUUACAAAUAAUGUCCCAGAGCAAAUAUUUAUAAUUUUUCUUUUAGUCUAAUUUAACCGAGAUUUUUUCUCAAACUAUUCAUUAACUAACAAAACAAAUACAUAUUUGCUCUAUACGACAAGAUUCAAAAGGACAUGUUCCGAUUUUUCUUGUCUUCAUUCAUUUAUUUUGAAGCAAACAAAAACCGAUUCCAUAUUCAUUGAAUAAAAGCUCAGGUACACGUGAGGUAUGAUGAUAGUGAGAAAAGGUAAGAAGAGUGUGCUUUUUUAAAUCUGGGUAAGUCGUUGGUGAAAGAUUGAUGUUGUUAUUGUAUUGUUGUUACAAGGGUCGACUGAUGGUGCUGCCUUGGGUUGGGUGGGUGGGUGUUCGAUUGGUUGGAAAAAAGAAAUACCCUUUAUAAAUUCUCACAGGAUUUUGUCAAAUUUUAUGGAUUUUUUUAAAAUUUAUUAAUACUAAUACAUGCAUAAUAAGAUUUCACAAGUAGGUACAAGUGCAAUUAUUGAAAUCUGACUGAUUUCUUAAUGUCGACAACCUUUUAAUAUUGAACCUUUAUUAUAACAUUUCACAUGAAAAUCCAAUUGGGACAUAUUUCUGAUAUUAUGUAAUUCAAAGUAAUCUGAUUGGCUCUGAUUUCCCAAUUGUAGAGUCUCUCCUAAAAAGAAUAAGAAAUUUACAGAUCAUCAUAUAUGUAUAUUGUAAAUAUCAAAAACUGUUUCUAAGUAAAUCCAUUUCUGAUUUUGAUUGUGAUCAUUUUUUGUAAAAAUUCAGAUUUUUUCCAACCAAGUGUGUGAACUGAUUAAACUGCCACAACAGUUUUGGGGAGGGUUAGACCAUAAGUAAAAAUUAAAAGAAUCUGUGAUUUGGAAAGGUUUCUACAUUGUUGCCAAAAAAAAUAAGAAUUCCAUUAGUUUUUUCAUCGUAAAUAAUAAUUAAUAAGUAAAAAAAAAGAAACCUUUCCAAUGUAAAAAAACGUAAUUAUAAUUGUAGCUAAUUAUAAUUAUUGAUUCCUCGUAUGUAUGUGAUAUUUGGCUGUGGGUAAAAUUUGGCAAAUGGGGGAGGGGGAAGUUCUCAACAUUCCAGUAUCCAGAAUGGCUAAAAAUCAGUAAGGUAACCGCCCCAAGUACCUCCAAAUAUAUAACCCACAGCGUAUUAAAGGCUGUAUGAACUUUAGUAUGUAAGAUUGUAUGGUUGUUAUUUUGUAUGUAAGAUUGUAAGUAUAUUUUUUUAAAACUUUUUAUUAUUUAGUACGAUAAGGAUUCUUUCCACUUUAAAACUAUAAUAGGCCUACAUAUUUAUUUAUUAUUUUUUAAUAAAAAAUUCUGUUGCUGAAUAAUUUUUUCUUAGAGUUUUUGGCAUACAGUGUGUGACAUUAGUAUUAAAUUUUAAAUUUUAAUGUUUUAAACCUAUUGCUUUUUUGACCAACUAUGCAAUAUUUUCUCAUAUUGAUGUACAGGGUGGUUUACUCUUGAUAAGAAUCAGUGUAUAAUCUAGAAACUAUUUUUUAUUGUAUUAGCAACUAUUUUAUUUUAGUUUUCAGAGCAACAGAUUUUUUAAUUCGGUAAUUUCGUGUAUACCUACAAUAAAAUAAUAUUGAAAUAAAAAAACACCCUGUUGCCUAAUAAAAACAAUUAUAGUUUUUCCAAAAUCAAUUGGAAUAAGGUGAACAUAAAUCAUAACUGGUGGCAGUGUAUUUCUUUUGGGAAUUUUCAGUGACCAGUCAACCACCAAUUGGUACCUUGUUCCAAUUGAGUUUGGAAAUACUAUACUAUAAAACACAAAAAAACUAAAAUACAGGGUGUAUUUUCCACAUUAUCUAUUUUAACUUUAAUAUCAAACGCUAUAGGUAUACUAAUCAAUAAUAAAAGAAAACAUAUUUUUUAUAUUUUUUGCAGACCAAAAAAAAAAAUAUAUAAAUUAAAAAAAGGCUACAAAUGUUGAGGGAGGAAGAAGGAUCGAAAGUGUGGAAGGCUGCGUUGUUUUUUUUUGCUUGAUGAUGGGUGUUUUGGUUACUUUGUUUGUGCCAUGAUUGUUACCGCGUAUUGGAUGGGGGGGUAAGAAGGACAACAAUUCAGUGGUGGUUUUUGAGUAUAAGACUAUUUACCUAAAAACAAAAGUGAGAUUUAUUAUUUAUUACUCAAACUAUAAUCUGGAGGUUGAGGUUUACAUUCGGGGCCAAAUCUUACUUAUAUCUUGUCUGUUUGAUAGAAAAUUUGUCUUGGCGGAAAAUCAACCCUUACAUACAAUUAUUUUAUACUCAAAAUCCAUUUGCUGUAUAUGUACCUACUUCCCCUGGGGGUAUUUUCUAGCUGAUGUUUGACAAUAGUCGAUUUUUAUAAAUGGUGAAAAUGAAGACUGAAUAAUAUCCCUUAUGAUAGUUGUAUAAGUAUAUAAGCUCAAAUGGCCGUGAGUAAUAAAUAAUGAGAGUUGCUUGAUUGCGGCUGUAUUCCAAGUUAUUUUCUUUCACACAUUUUUUUUAGGAUCUAGUUUUAUUUUCUCUAUGUACAGAACGUUAUGUUUAUUUGGCUGAAGCAUUUUAGACAUAACGUUCUCCAAGUUAGAUAUUUUAUUGUCGAAUGUCAGUUAAGUUUUCUUUUAUCAAAAAAAAAGUAUUAUACAUAUAUAUUUUCCUGUCGAGCUCUUUUUCAGUUCCACUGUGGAAUCAGAAUCUUUUUGAAAGGAUCUUUUGUAGUUAUCAUAUCAGGAACAGAAUAAAGUAUUUCAUUUAAUG